CAUAUGGAGGAUGAUAGCCGUGGUCCAGGUGGACUUCACGCUGCACCGCUGCACGGGACCUGUCAGCCAGCGUGUUUGAAAAAAGCGGCGUCCUCCAUCAGAUGUCUCACCAACAGAUUACCAUCACACUCUGACAUUGUAGGCGCUUAUAACAAAGUUGAAUUUCCAAUAUGGUAGGAGAGGUUGUUGUUGUUGAGCAGACUGUUGUCAUGUCCCCGCAGUGCCUGUAGUGGUGCUGUGAGGAGUCUGCUGUGGAUCCAACUAAAAUCCUCAGCAGCCUACCUACUGCUUGUAAUUUGCUCUGGAUUGCCUGCAUUUCCAUACACUCUAAUUGGAAGAUAUUUCGAGCUCGAUGAAGAUCCCUGUUCCUUUCCUAUCUGGACUAUCGAUGCGCGAAUAGCCUAGCUGAUCCUAAUAGACAUUUCGGCCGUCUGUGUGGAUCGAACGCCGUACACAGCCCAUACCAAUUCAAGCUGAUGUUGUCAAGGACAAGAGUCACGUGAUGUAUGAAGGCAAACACAUACAUUUCUCAGAGGUGGACAAUAAGCCGUUGUGCUCGUACAGCCCGAAGCUCUGCAAGCAGCGCAGAUUAAAUGGCUAUGCUUUCUGCAUCCGGCAUGUCCUGGAGGACAAGACAGCUCCCUUCAAGCAAUGUGAAUAUGUGGCCAAGUACAACAGCCAGCGAUGUACUAACCCCAUCCCUAAGUCUGAAGACCGCAGGUACUGUAACAGCCACCUGCAGGUUCUCGGCUUUAUCCCUAAGAAGGAACGGAAAAAGAAACAUGAUGCUUUGGAGGAAAUGCGCUCACGGGCUCACCUGGACUCGGUGGCACUCAAUAUAACCGUGCCCUCUUUAGCUCUUAAAGCUCCCAAUGGUCUAGAUGAACUUCCACCAUCUCCCCCCUGCACUCGCCUGUUACCCCUUCCUGAUGGGGAACUCCUGGACCCUUUUGCCUUUUAUGAGGAGGACACAGACGGGGAGGAGAUGGGUACUCCUCGGAAGGGCAAUGCCAUCAAGAAGAAAUUACACAGUCGGCUGGUUUUUAACCAGAAAUUCUGCCAAGACACAGACCUCUUCCAGCCACCUCCUGAGCACUUUAGUCCCUCCCCUGUUCCCCGUGUCCAGCCCUCCUCUCCGCUCAGCACCCACCUCCCACGGCAGCAGUCAGGUCUUCUCCAGCCACCCCAGCACUCCAGUGUGACUUCCUUCAUUUUACCAGGACAGCAGCAGGGUUUAUUAUGCAAUCCACCACCACCUCAGACGGUCAACUUUCUGCCUCCAGGGAUAACCUCUAAUGCAGCACCCAGUCCAGUGCAACCUACUGGGCCAUCACUUAGCAGGAAAAUGCCUUUCACUGCUACUCACUUGCCUGUCAGUUGCAAGAACGGUGGCAGUAACAAUCAGUGGCCCGUGGUUGUCAUGCGUCCUGUUGCUUUCUCCCCCUCUGCCAGCUGUUUGGCCAGGUUGCAACAUCUGGUGCACCUCUGUGCCAAGAGGCACCAGGAGCAUGGAGACCUCUUUCCUCAUCUAGGACUGGACUGGUCAGAAGACAGUGGGGAAGAUGACGAUGAUGAUAAUGAUGAAGAGGAGGCUGAGAGAUUUGUUCCUUUUCAGAGCUCUUGGAGGCCACAGAAUGGGCUGGAAGACGACAGUGGUUGCUCCCGGAGAACACGACUACUUAGGCUUUGUUCGUACCUCCAGGAGAAAUACAAGCACAUGUGUAGGCAGGAGAGGGCGAGUAUCCGCCAGAAGAGAUACCGCUAUGCCUUCCGCAAAGCCUUGCUGCACGCUGCCAACAAAAAUCCCGACUGUGCUGGGAAACUGAUUCAGGAGUUGCGUGGUGCCUCUCGAAGCUCCUUAAGUGGGGAUCCAGGAAAACAGCCGAACACAGAUACAGGAACCUGCACUGGCAGCACAAAGGGCCAGGCCUGCAAAAACAGAGCUUUGCCCUUCACUCAACACUGCUUUCAACACAUUCUGUUGAAUCGUUCUCAACAGCUCUUCACUAGUUGCACAGCCAGGUUUGCAGAUGGUCAGCAGUGCUCCAUCCCCGUGUUUGAUAUCACACACCAGACCCCCCUCUGUGAAGAGCAUGCCAAAAAGAUGGACAACUUCCUGCGUGGGGAUGGAAACCGGCGAGUGCAGCACCAGCAACAGAGAAAGCCACGCAAAAAGACCAAACCACCGGCGCUUACCAAAAAACACAAGAAGAAGCGGAGGAGAGGCCCGCGGAGGCCCCAGAAACCCAUCCCCCCAGCGUUGCCGCAGGGAAACCUGGGGAUGCCUUCUACGAGCCUAGCAAUGCCCUCACAAGCCAGCAUCAGGAGCCCUUCAACUCCAGAUUUGAGUACAGACGAGCUUCCUGAUGAUAUCACGAAUGACAUGGCAGACAUUCCUAAUGACCUGGAGCUCAACCAGGAGGAUUUCUCUGAUGUACUACCUAGGCUGCCCGAUGACCUGCCAGACUUUGACUUGUUCGAAGGUAAGAAUGGGGAGCUCCUCCCCACUACAGAAGAGGCUGAAGAACUGGUGCGUGCACUGCAGGCAAUGGGCUCCUACCCCGACUCGUUGGUGUGCCUGACCUCCAUGGGAGACCUGACCCCCUCUGAAGGAGUGGAUCAUAGAGCCAUGACUGUGUUUCCUGGUCCAGUCCAGCCGGGGACCAUGGGGGACCUGCUCAACAGCCGCAUCCCUACAGAGAACUUCCCCAGCCUUGAACUGGAGGACAACAUACUGCAGUCCACCGGGGGUCACUUUCCGCCAUCGCCAUCUCAGCCUUCUAACCAGCCCCCAACAUCAUGCUCCCAUAUGACCUCAUCUUCCUCUACAGCAGCCCCCACAACCCCCUCUCUCCUCACGCAGCCCAGCAUAACAGAGCGAACGUUUUCCCGGACACACGCAUCCCAUGUUCUGGCCAAGUCGGACGCACCCAUAUCAUCUCCCCAAGACAGCCACUACAGCAGUGAACAUGUGCCAUCCCCAUACAGUGACCACAUAUCGUCUCCUCAUGCUAACUCGUUUCAGACAGACACCCCUCUACUGCUGGAAGUCCCUCUCAGUGGGGUGCCGGGACCGCCACGCUCAUGGAAUAACCUUCCCCUCCCUCUUACCGACCCCACGCAGUUUGGCAAUCUCAUAGGAUCGGAAAGUCAUCUCAUAUCAACUUCUCUGUCCACCCCACCAGCCACCACCCACUCUGUGACGCUGCAGCCUAUGGCAGCUCUCUCAGCAAUGCCUCAGAGUGGCUUGACAGGUUUAACGACUCCCCCUGCUCCCACGUCCUCCUCCCACGAUCUUCUGACCUCCACACAGCCCAAGCAACAGCUCCCUCAGUUCAGUGCGGCCUUUGGCCAUCAGUUGGCCUCCCACAGCGGCAUCCCGAAAGACGUGCAGCCCAGCCACAGCUCUACAGCGCCUCCCGCUGGCUUUUCAAUAGUUGGUGCCACUGCUGCAAGUGCCAAUAGCGCCACACCACCCUUCACGGAAAGCAAAUGAGAGCAGGCAGCCUGGAUUGGACGCAUGAUGGUCUGUGUGACUCACAGUCACUUACAAUCCACUCAACUGGCUUCUGAUUAACAACCCUUCUUCGUCUGCUACAUAUGUGCAAUGUGGUAGUAGUGCACUAUUUGAUAAUGAAUUUGCACAACCUCAGAGUUUCCUCACUAUUUUCUAAUUUAGUUCUGUAGCCAGGCAGUCUCUGGGAUUUUAAGUCGGUGUGAGUCCACUUGUUGAAUGCCCCAUGGUUUCCUCGGGAGAAGGCUACGGUCAGUUUGAUGAGGUCAGCGUCACAGUGCUCAGAAUUCAUAGAAGCCUCAAUCAGUGGUCGAUUUAGUUUGCUUCGCCAGCUGUAGCCCUGUCUUAAAUUGAUCAGCUAUACCCUGCCUUGCUCACGGCCAUUGCAGUUUCUUUUUCUCCCACGUGUUUCAUAAACUGCUUCCGUCACCCUUUGAAAAACAAGAGUACAGGUUGUGAUAUUUGUGAUCCAUUAUGUUUCAAACUAUUUAACUGUUAUCAUGAUAGAGAAUCUUGCGGAGUCAGAUUUCAAAGUCAUACGAAUUUACCAAAAUACUUUUAAACAGCUGUUUUUAUAUUGUGUAUACUGUAUAUGUGCUCAUUUAUUGGUUUGCUCAGAUGUCUAAAUCUCUGACCUCACCAUUGAUUGUGGGACUCUGAGAGGCCUGGUAGACACUUGAAGGUAAAUAUAGGUUCUUAAAGCAAUAAACACAUUAACAUAACUCUGACAUUAGAAGGUUGUAUUGGUUUCAUUACUUGUAACUUCACCUGCAGAAUUCAGGCUCCAAAAAAAACAUGUCAGAAUUGUACAGUCACCAGGUCAGCCUAAGCUCCUCCCCCUGGUCUCUUAGUUUCAGUGUUCAGUAAAGAUGAUAAUGGUUUAUUCCUGGGGCUAUAAGUGUCUACUCUCAAAGGUGCUCUCUGGUCCGCAUAUACAAUGGCCUCUUGGUGACGAUUGAAAUGGCAAAUUGAAUUUUUAGAGUCCAACGAAAUCCACUAUUAAGACUACAAUAGAAUGUGAAUUGGCACUGGAAAUGAAUAUUUUGCUGGUUAGCUACGUGUAAUAUAGUAUAAGUUGUUGAGAACAUCUGAGGUAAAGCGUGUUUUACUCAGUUAUUUAAGAAAAAUUUUGCAAACCAGGAGUUAAGAGUUUAAGUUAAUGAGGACUCCGUUACCUGUCUGUCAUUGACUCAUACAGCAGUUCAACCAUGGCUUUUGAUAGAUAUAUUAGACAUUUGACAGAUUGUCAGACAUUGUUGAGUAUUAGGUAUAUAGAGUAGCAGUCUCUAUAUUGGGGUUUGUUGGUGAACUAUUGAGUAGCAAUGAAAUUGUUAUUUGCAAUGUAUUCAGUGGAACCUGUGUCUUGUAGAAUGAGCUUUUGUUUUUAAUGGCUAUCAAAAGUCAGAAGGGUCGGUGCUUGUAUGAUGUCAUUUUGUCUUUUAAUAAUCUGAUGGAGAAUAUUUUUUGAUAGCUAUUAAACUUCAAGAAGUCGGAGAUUGCAUGGGGGCACCAACUUUUUGUGUGAGCAUUAUAAUAUCAAUAUUAGGUAAUGGCCACUGGCUUGAUACUUGGUGGUAUUAUACAUUGGAAUAUAAGCAUCUGCAUUUCACUUCAUGUGGAGAAAAAACAUCAGUGUAAAGUAUGUUGUACUUUCUCAUGGGUUUGCACAGGAGUUGAUGAGGCCGGUGGUGUUUCUCAUGUCCCGUAUCUGUCUCACCUGUUUUCGUUUUUUUUGUUAUUUUGCUUGGAGGCUCAUUAAACAAACAGCUGCUGUUAUCACCAGCUCCGAGCCUGCACCAGACCCCAGUCUCCAGCUGUGCAAAGGCCCAGUUCUGUCUCUCUCUUCCAAAGAGAAAACACGUGAUGUGUAAACCUGUAGCUCCAGCAGAGACGACUGGGCUUCUCGAUAGCAGCAGCCACAAACACAGUGCCCAGUAAAAAAAAAAAAAGAAAGAAAUGACAAAACAUCAGGUUGGAUGAGAUGUCUGCAAGGCAAUACUGCUGUAUCCACAUAGCAUGAGAUUAGUCACUGCACCAGUUUAAUGUCCCAACAACCAUCACGUAGAACAAAGUUAACAGGGCUUGUAGGCACAUGUAACUGCUUGAAUUCAGAGAUGGCUGACAAAUUCCUAUACUCAUUGAAUGUACUGUAUUACUGUUUUUAAAUAUAGGAUGAGCUAAUCUAGUCACCUUUUAUUAUUGGUCCUUGUUUAAUUUGUCUAAGGUAUUUUUUGUAUACAAAGGUUUACAUUUUUAUGUAUAUUUUUCUUGUGUACAAAUUAUGUAAUAUGUGUACAAACACUGUAUGUAAUAUCUGUAUAUAGUGUGAGAAAUUUGAUCUUUUGUUUUUGGAUGUAUAAAUAAAACUUGCUGUGAGGUA